AUGGUAGGGAUAGGUAUUCAACUCAGAGCUGGAUUGAACAAUGAUGCUUUUAAACCAUUUGAUGAACUAUUAAGCACAAAGACAGGCCCAGCAAUUUAUCGUGCUCCUAUGAGUCGUAAUAGGUUCAAAGAACUGAAAAGAUGCAUAACAUUUGAGGAAAUGUCUACAUGUGCAGCUCGAAAAAAUGGUGAACAUGGGAAGAGGUUUAUUCAGUCAUUCCAAAUAAAUUACAAAGCUGCCCCUUAUAUAACUAUUCAUGAAUCCCCGUUGUCCUUAAGAGGAAAAUAUUUAUUCAAAGUGUACAUGCAAUCAAAACCGAGUAAAUAUGGUCUACGGUUGAUGCUAGCAGAUAUACAUAUUUAA